CCCAUUCAAAUAUUCCACUUUCAAACUGUUCAUUCAGCUCCUCAAUCACAUGCAAGCUAAGUGUUCCCACGUUUUCUGAUUCAAAAUGAACAAAAUGUCAUUCUUUCACAUUCUUCAACAUAUUGAAACAUUUCACCAUCGACAGUUUCCAAUCAUCCUGGAAAUUGAAACUUUACUUUUUUCUGUUUGGCAUGCUAGUCUUUCAGGUAUAAACUGCCGGGUGAAAUGUUUAGUUAUUAAUGUAUGCUGGGAGUCCAUACUUGCCAACUUUGAGACCUCCGAUUUCGGGAGGUGGGCGUGGUUGGGGGUGGGGUGUGGUUAAGAGGGGAGGAGUAUAUUUACAGCUAAAAAAGUGCAGAUUGGAUUUUAACCUAUUUAAAACAUGAUAUCAAAAAUAUAUAUUUAUUGUGAGAAAUCAUUAAGAUCAGUGUUUCCACAAAGAUAAAUAUCAUUAAUUAUUAAUAAUAACAAAGUUAAAGGUAAAUUGAGCAAAUUGGCUAUUUCUGGUCAUUUAUUUAAGUGUGUAUCAAACUGGUAGCCCUUCGCAUUAAUCAGUACCCAAGAAGUAGCUCUUGGUUUCAAAAAGGUUGGUGACCCCUUCCGUAGAUGUUAUUGUCACAUAUGCAUGCACGGUAGAUGGCAGUAUUGUCCUGUUUAAGAGUGUCAAAACAUUGCUGCUUACGACAGACGAACUGCUCUACGGUAGACGAAAACGUGACUGCUGUUGUUGUUUGUUGUUACCGCGCUGGGAGGACGUUAAAUGAAACUGCCUAAUAAUAAACCCACAUAAGAAACCAAUUACUGGCCCUCGAUCAUUCUACAGUUAUAACGUCAUUAGGCAGACACACUGUUUAUAUUUUGGGAAAGCGAACGUGAAAACAGACUGUACUCACUCAGGUCCGCAUGGAGCUGGAGGGGGGCGUGGCCUCCAGCUCCGCCUGAAUUUCAGGAAAAAAUUUGUCCCGGGAGGUUUUUGGGAGAGGCACUGAAUUUCUGGAGUCCCCCGGAAAAUCCAGGAGGGUUGGCAAGUACGGCUGGGACACACUUGAGGGUCAAAUGUAUAUUUCACACAUCCUUACUGUUACCAUGUUAACUUCCUUUUUAACUCAUUUUCUGGGUAAACGGCACACCCAGAACUCUUUAUGUUGUUACCUGAUGUCAUCUGGUGGGGUUGGCAUUGGCAUUGCAAACUGUUUAUGUUUCAGUUCAGUUUCUCAGCAUUCACACACAAAUUCUACCAACAUUGUUUUAUUUAGUCACACGUGACCAAAUAACACCAUUUUGGUCAAUUUGUAUUCAAUGUACAGUAUUUGUAUAGUUUAGUAAUGAAUACCGACUUGUAAAAUAUAUUUCUCCUAAAACUAUUUUUGAUUACAAGUGUCUCAAAGGGCUUCACAAACCACGAUGACAUCCCCUGACCUGAACCCACAUCCGGGCAAGGAAAAACUCCAAAAGCCUCUUGCUGGGAAAAGAAGAAACCUUGGAAAGUGGCCUCAGAUGCGGGGUUCUCCCUCCUGGUUGAUACUGCAAUGGAGGCCGAGCUGGUUCAAGUAUUGAAUUGUGACAUGAAGAGAUAAUGUGAGAGUCCAGUCCAUAUGUAAGCCAGCAGAGGGUGCUAGAGGAUCUUGCAUGUAGACAAAUCAAAAAUGCAGAGACUUCACCAACUGAAGCAAAUUGUUCAAGUUAAAGUACCAAUUUUGUUACAAUUUAAGAAGCAUUUACACUAUAUUGCCAAAAGUAUUUGGCCACCCAUCCACAUGAUGAGAAUUAGGUGUCCUAAUUACUUGGCCCGGUGUAUCAAAUCAAGCACUCAGGCAUGGAGACUGUUUCUACGAACAUUUGUGAAAGAAUGGGCCGCACUCUGUGAUUUCCAGCGUGGAACUGUCAUAGGAUUCCACCUGCGCAACAAAUACAGUCGUGAAAUUUCCUCGCUCCUACAUAUUCUAAAGUCAACUUUAUUAUAAGAGAAGUGAAGAGUUUGGGGAACAACAGCAACUCAGCCAUCAAGUUGAAACUAACAAGAGAAGGGUCGGCUGAUGAUGAAGUGCAUAGUGCAAAGACUCUGCACAGUCAGUCGCUACAGGGCUCCAAACUUCCUGUGACUUUCCAAUUAGCCCACGUACAGUACGCAGAGAGCUUCAUGGGAUGGAUUUUCAUGGCCGAGCAGCUGCAUCUAAGCCAUACAUCACCAAGUCCAAUGCAAAGCGCGGGAUGCAGUGGUGUAAAGCACGUCGCCACUGGACUCUAAAGCAGUGGAGACGCCUUUUCUGGAGUGAUGAAUUACGCUUUUCCAUCUGGCAAGCUGAUGGACCAAUCUGGGUUUGAACGCUACAUUUCAGACUGUAUUGUGCUGAGUGUCAAAUUUGGUGGAAGAGUAAUUAUGGUGUGGGGUUGUUUUUCAGGAGUUGUGCUUUUCACAGUGAAAAUAACUUUGAAUGCUCCAGGAUACCAUAACAGUUUUGGACAAUCACAUGCUCCCAACCUUGUGGGAACAGUUUGGAGCAGGCCCCUCCCUCUUCCAACAUGACUGUGCGCCAGUGCACAAAGCAAGGUCCAUAAAGACAUGGAUGACAGAGUCUGGUGUGGAUGAACUUGACUAGCCUGCACAGAGUCCUGACCUGAACCCGAUAGAACACCAAAAUCAGUGUGUGACCUCACCAAUGCGCUUUUGGAAGAAUGGUGGAAAAUUCCCAUAAACACACUCCACAACCUUGUGGACAGCCCUUCCCAGAAGGGUUGAAGUUGUAAUAGCUGGAAAAAGUCAUAAGAGUCUGGUGUGGAUCAACUUGACUGGCCUGCACAGAGUCCUGACCUGAACCCGAUAGAACACCAACAUCAGUGUGUGACCUCACCAAAGCGAUUUAUGGUAAGAAUGGUGGAAAAUUCCUAUAAACACAAUCCGCAACCUUGUGGACAGCCCGGUUGAAACUGUAAUAGCUGCAAAAGGUCAUAUUGAGCCCUAUGGUUGAGGAAUGGGAUGGCACUUCAAGGCCAUAUGUGAGUUAAGGCAGGUGGCCAAAUACUUUUGGCAAUAUAGUGUGUAUUUUCCGCUAGAUAGCGAAAUUGAUGUAAAACGUCAAAAGAAUAUUUGAUGUUUAACAUCUUGUUGGUGGAUUUUAGACAAAGUAUUGGUUUUUAAGACAUUAAUAUUUUUCUUGUUUCAACAUUGAUUUAUUCCCUGAAAUGAAAUGUCAGGAGUGUUUUUGUGAGCCCAUAAAAGUGAGCAUAAAGCGACGAAAGUUGCAGAGUCAACAGUGUCCAGAGUCCACCAGCUUGAUGCUUAAGACCUUUUAUGCCUUUUUUUCUUUUCUUUUCUUCCCGCAGUCAUGGUCUCAGGAAAGACGGUGAAGCUCCUCGUCUACGAGCUGCUGCAGUUCGCCGCCCUGAGCGGCACCGUGCUGGUGGUCACGGAGAGGUUCGCCCGCCUCUUGAGCGAGGUGAUGGGCGGCGACGACAUGAUCUACUGGCUGGUGGUGGCCGUCUCCGUCGCCUACCUGACCUCUGCCACCUUGCUGGUGUGGCUCCCCUUCAAGUAUCACAUCUUGAAGGGAAGGAGGUUGACGAAACGAUGGAGGCCAACAUUCUUACUGCACGUCAUCUUGUGCACCUUACCGUGCUUCGCCAUUUUCAUGGCCAGCUCGCAGGUGCAAGUCAACUCCAACCUGAGACUGGACCACUUUGCCGAGUUGCCCGUGUCCUUGGUUAUGUUCAGCCUCAUCUGCGUGGACCUGGUGGAGAGGAUACGACCCUGCAGGCUGCUGGGACAAGAAGCAGACAGUCUGGACCUGACCUUUGACCUGCCGGGUCCCAUCCUGACCUACCUGGAACCAGUCAGUCACGUCUCCGGCCAGCCGCCGUCUGAGCAAGCCCAGCCAAGCGACGCCCCGGCGAGCCCAGCGGACCCCAAGAACCAGCCGGGGCCAGUCGCCCCCCGGAGGCUGCAGGGCGUGUCCGGGCGCUCCGUUGCCCCCGGCAACAAGACGUCCGGCGCCGCCUACUUGUACUCCUCCUCGCCAUCACGCCGCUUCGCCGGCCCUCUGGGCUUCCUGCGGAGGAAAGACGUAAGGGCGGACGUGUUUGUGGAUUGUUUCUUGUUCUGGUUCGAUACCGUGGAGAUGGUGCGGGUGUCGGGCCAGCCGGCGGUCUUCUUCUCCCCCUGGGUGUACCCCGUCUUGGUUCUGGCCCUCCUGUCCACGCUGCGCAUGGCCCUGGUCCCUCACAGUCCCUGGUUGUCCUCGGCCGGCGUGGCCCUGCAGGAGCUGCCCUUCUUCGUCCUGCGCGUCGCCCUCAUGGCCGCUUUCGGACUGGUGACGCCCGUCUUGUACCCGCUGAAGAACGCCCUGGUCGGCCUGGCCUUCUUCUACUUCACCGUCCUCACCAAGGUGAAAGUAUUUAAGAGGCAGAGCAUGUUUUGACCCGGAGGAGGAGGAGGACCUGUGGGACAAACUGAGGGUAAAUAUUACAAUUAUUGCCCAUUUUUUGUACUAUUUAUUGACACACUUGAAUAAUGAUGAUGCGGCGCGGCUCGGUUGGUAGAGUUGGCCAGCAACUUGAGGGUUCCAGGUUCCUAGUCACUGCCGUUGUGCCCUUGGGCAAGACACUUUACCCACCUGCUCCCAGUGCCAACCACACUGCUUUAAAUGUCACUUAGAUAUCUGGUUUCACUAUGUAAAAGUGCUUUGAGUCACUAGAGAAAAGCGCUAUGUAAAUAUAAUUCCCUUCACUUCACUAAUGAUGAUGUAACUCUUUCGUGUUAAAAUACAGCAGA